AUGGCGUCGAAAGGGGCAACAAAGCAUUGCUGUUGGGGAAAAUGCAAUUCUGAUUCUAGAUAUGCAGAUCGAUUGCCUACAGAUGUGUUUUUUAUACGUUUUACAAAGCCAGGAAAUAUUAAGGAAGUAAUGACAAACUGGGAGAAGCAGCGAGAAGGUGAAAGAACGGAUAAAUGUAAACGAUGGGUUCAUGCUUGUUGUCGAAGAGAUUUUUCAAAGUUGUGUCAAGUGAAGAAGGACACUUACAUCUGUUCACUCCACUUUGUUGGGGGAAAUGGACUUACUGAUGACAAUCCUGAUCCUUUAAUUGCAACUUUAUCAGAAGAGCAAUUAAAACAAAAAUCUUCUGGAAAGAGAAAAGUACCUAAGUCUAGAACCCCAAUAUUGAAAAAGAGGGCCAAGCUGCGAUAUGAUAGCCUUGAAACCAACGAGGACAGAGAGGAAAACUUUGACAAUGGUGAUAUGGAGCAAGUUGAUGAGGAUGAUACAAUAUUUACGAAAAAUAAAUACACUCAAACCAUUUACGAGAAGACCGUUCUUGGAUCAAAAAUUGAAAAUAUUGUGUUGAGAAACAAAUUCAAGAUAGGGGAAACUUCAUUACCAUCAAUCGUGGCAAAUCCUAUGUCACCAGAUAUUAUUUUAAAAGAUCAGGACAAGUGA